GAAGACCAAGCGAAGUAGAAUCGAAGGGGGACUGACUUGGUUGGGGAUCCCUCGCUCCCUCCCGGGGCUUCACUGCUCACAUCAUCUAAUCUCUGUUUGUCUUCCUUCCACCCCAACUGCCAACGGUAUUUAUUAUUCAAUCUCGCUGCGCUCGCAGUGUUACCGGUGUCGUCGGUAUUGGACUUUACAAGGUGUGUUGCGGUGUUGCUGCGUCUGGGUCUGCGUCCAGCUCGGGAGAAUAUACAGCACCCAUGCAGGUGAAUCAAGCUAGUCCUGGUAUUUAGGGUCGUCGCUGCAGUUUGAGGGAGGGAGAGACGUGGUGGUCGUUUAUUAUUUUCAUUUUUGAGGUUGUUGGGUGAGAGUAGAAUGGCUGCCAUCACCCAUGCUGCGUUCGUUUCAACGAAGUUCGCAGCAGCUCGCUGCGCGGUCGAGAUUGUGGAUGCCGGCCCUCGGGGAAGAUUCGGAGGUUGUCAGAAAUUUGGGUUGAAUUCGGGAAGCUGUGCGGGUGUGGGAGGAGGAGGAUUGCGGUGGAGUGCUGCGGGUGGGCAGUUCGAGGUUGAGAAUGGGCGGGCGUUGUCGUGUGUUGUGGCCGCGAGUCCGCCGAGUAACGAUGCUGGGAGCUACGGUGGGGAGCCGCUCACCAGGCAGGACUUGGUUGGGUAUUUGGCGUCUGGGUGCAAACCUAAAGAGAAAUGGAGGAUUGGAACGGAGCACGAGAAAUUUGGGUUCCAGCUAGACAAUCUACAGCCUAUGACGUAUCCUCAAAUUAAGCAGCUUCUGGAGGGGCUGGCGGAUCGUUUUGAGUGGCAAAGAGUGAUGGAAGGGGACAACAUAAUUGGACUGACUCUUGAUGGUCAAGGUGUCUCGUUGGAACCUGGAGGUCAGGUCGAAUUAAGCGGUGCUCCUCUGGAGACCCUUCACCAAACAUGUGCAGAGGUCAAUUCGCAUCUAUAUCAGGUGAAGGCUGUCGCAGAGGAGCUCGGCCUCGGUUUCGUAGGCAUUGGAUUCCAACCCAAGUGGAGCGUGGCAGAUACUCCCAUUAUGCCAAAGGGCAGGUAUGAGAUAAUGAGGAAUUACAUGCCGAAAGUUGGAUCGUUCGGCCUGGACAUGAUGUUCCGCACAUGCACGGUUCAGGUCAAUUUGGAUUUCGAUUCUGAGGCGGAUAUGGUUAGAAAGUUUCGUGUGGGGCUUGCUUUACAGCCUAUCGCUACAGCCCUUUUCGCAAAUUCCCCUUUCAAGGAAGGAAAACCAAACGGCUUUUUAAGCUACCGAAGUCACAUCUGGACAGACGUGGACAACAAUCGGGCCGGAGAUUUACCAUUUGUGUUUGAAGAUGGCUUUGGGUUUGAUAAGUAUGUUGAAUAUGCACUAGGCGUGCCUAUGUACUUUGUUUAUCGGAAUGGUCGGUACAUUGACUGUUCUGGUAUGUCGUUCAAGGAUUUUCUGGAAGGGAAGCUAUCUGCUCUGCCUGGAGAGAAGCCAACAAUGAACGAUUGGGAAAAUCAUUUAACAACAAUCUUUCCCGAGGUGAGAUUGAAACGGUACUUAGAGAUGAGGGGAGCUGAUGGUGGUCCAUGGCGCCGAUUGUGUGCUUUGCCUGCAUUCUGGACUGGCUUGUUGUAUGACGAGGAAUCACUUCAAGGUGCCUUGGACAUCAUUAAUGACUGGACCGAAAGGGAGCGUGCGAUGCUUCGCUCUAAGGUUCCGAAGCUGGGUUUGAAUGUUCCCUUCAGGGAUGGACUUCUGAAACAUGUGGCGCAGGAUGUCUUCAAACUUGCCAAGGAUGGGUUGACUCGGAGAGGUCUUAACGAGACUGGUUUCUUAAAAGAUAUCGAGGAGACUGUGAGAACAGGAAAAACUCCUGCAGAACAUAUCUUGGAGCUCUAUCAUGGGAAGUGGGGUGAAAAUGUUGAUCCCGUCUUUGAGAAGCUUCUGUAUUAGGUAGAUUAAACUGUUGAAAUAGAUCCUGGAAAUGGCAAGGAUGCAGAUAGGUCCUACUUUUUCCACUGCAUCGUGAGCGGUGAUUGCAUUUCAGAGGCUUUUCAUAAUGUCACUUACAUACAACGCAUAAGGAAUGUUACUUUCAGUUUCUAGGGGA